AUGUCUCACAGGCAGAGCAUUUCUCACUCGGCCUGUAUGUUGCAGUUGUUCUUUUUUUUACACUUUGGUUCUUCAGACUUCUUUCUCUUGGCAGCCAUGGCUUACGACAGGUAUGUGUCCAUCUGCAAGCCUCUGCAAUAUGCAACCACAAUGAAUGCAACCAGAGUCACCGUUCUGAUAGCUUUGUCCUGGUUUCUGCCUGCCUGCCUGACCGCAGCGGCAACUAGCAUCAAUGCAAAGCAAAAAAUGUGCAGGUUUGUCUCAGCGGGAAUUUUCUGUAACAAUUCCAUAAAUAAGCUUCACUGUGUAAGAUCAAAAAUGCUGGCUGUUAUCGCUCUGUUCAUCCUUUUCAAUGGCGUGUUUGUCCCCAUGCUGUUCAUCCUCUUCACAUAUAUAAGGAUAUUCAUUGUUGUGUAUCGUGGUAGCAGUCGAGACCGGGAAAAGGCAGCUGAGACCUGUUUACCUCACAUGAUAGUUUUGAUUUGCUUCUUUUGUUUGGGUGCGUUCGAUGUCAUCACGGGCCGAGUGGAUUCUGAGCUCCCAAAGAGCAUUCGCCUGAUGAUGAUAUUGCAAAUGGUGGUGUUGAGUCCUCUCUUCAAUCCAAUCAUAUACGGACUGAGGAUGAAAAGUAUCCGGAAAUAUAUCAACAUGUUGUUUUAUCGCAUUGUCAUAUGA